UACGCUCACCGAGAGAGGCCCCGCGCGACAAUUCGCUCACUUUUGUUAUUUUGAACAAAGAAAGGAAAGUGACGACGAUGUGAGCAGAGUUAACUUUUAUGCAUUCAUGCCAUUAUGGAACUUCAGGCGUUAGUCACGAUUCACACGGCAACACAGCCCGGCUGGCUAAGGAGCAUGGGGACACAGUGUUGGCACGCAUCUGCGGUAGUAUUGCAGCAGACGAGAAGUGGCACGAGAAUGCAUACGUGAAAAUGGUGGAGAAGCUACUGGAGAUAGACCCCUCCUACGCAAUGCUCGGGAUCGCCGAUAUGAUGCGAAAGAAGAUCGCCAUGCCUGCUUACCUCAUGUAUGACGGCCAAGAUCCCAAUCUAUUCGGUAAUUUCGCCGCUGUCACACAGAGGGUCGGCGUUUACACAGCUGGUGACUACACAGACAUUCUGGAUUUCCUGGUGGGGCAGUGGAAGCUGGAGAAACUAGAGGGUCUCAACUCACGAGUCACCUACCCUCUCGAACUCACGAAGUCACCGGGGACAUGGAUUGGAAGAAACAGAGACAUCAAGUGA